CGCGGACGAGGCGGAUACGCAACAACAUGCCUGGUUUUCUCUCUCGGUCCUUUUCUGGGAACUGUAGCAAACAAGUUGUGCGCGGAGCAGCUACGUGCGCCGCGGCUGCCGAACGACAUAACAGCGGGGCCAGAGUGCAACCGACGAGGCUCCCUGGAAAACAUUUACAUGAAAAUUAGCUCUCGGAUUUGCCAACUGAACAUCUCAAGUCAUGUACCAAGUGGUACCAGGAGGAGCUGGGGGCACAAUUACAGAUGUUAUCCCCAAGCAGAAACUCAGUAAGGACACUCGACCCUUAGUCGGAGCUGGCGUAAUCGGCCUGGUGCUGGUAAUUGCAGCAGUGACAGCGUGGUGUUAUUACAUAGCUUCUCUGCGCAAAGCUGAGCUGCUCAAGACUCAGCUGCUGGAUUUGAAUAAAGAUGGCUACAUUAUCCGCAACCAGGGAGGCGCCAUUGUUUUCAGAAUGGAUUUCAGGUCAGGGACUCUGGAUUUGGAUUCUUGCUCCAAGGUGGGGGAGUUUCUUAGCUGUGGACGAACCACUGAUCGCAAACUUAACUUCUUCAUCGAGACAGUGCGGCCUAAGGACACAGUGCAAUGCUACCGUGUGCGCUGGGAGGAACUGGUUCCUGACAUUCCUGUUGAACAUGCCAUGACGUACAAGUUUGCACAUUGGUAUGGUGGUGCAGUGUCAGCUAUUCAGCACUGGCCUAUUUCUAUUUCUGGCCAACAAGCUCCCAAACCCUUUGUCACUGGUGAUAUCUACUCAAACCGUAAUGAAUUUGGUGGAAUAUUGGAGAGUUAUUGGCUUUCGUCUAAUGCUACAGCGAUCAAGAUCAAUAAUUCAGUGCCCUUCCACCUGGGCUGGAAUGACACAGAGAAGACCAUGUAUUUCCAGGCCAGAUACAAUGACAGUCCCUUCAAACCAAACCCAGGGGAAGCUCCAUGUGCCGAACUAAGCUACAGAGUCUGUGUGGCCUUAGACGUGACAUCCAUACACAAGUACAUGGUUCGUAGAUACUUUAACAAACCAAACAAAGUGCCGGCAAAAGCCAUGUUUCGCCAUCCAAUUUGGUCGACCUGGGCGUUACAUAAGACUAAGAUUGAUCAAGAGAAACUCUUGGCGUAUGCUGACAACAUUCGCAAGUAUAACUUCAACUGCAGCCACCUGGAACUAGACGACCGCUACACCAGUCGCUAUGGCGAAUUUGAGUUUGACACCAAAAAGUUCCCCAAUGCGUCAGCCAUGUUUCAAAAACUGAAAUCAGAUGGGUUUCUGGUUUCACUCUGGAUUCACCCUUUUGUUAACUAUGAUUCGGAAAACUUCCACACUUGUGUAGAGAGGGGUCUGUUUGUCAGGGAGCCUACAGGACGGCUACCGGCAAUGGUGCGCUGGUGGAACGGCAUUGGCGGCAUUUUGGAUUUUACAAAUCCAGAGGCACGCGAUUGGUUUUCCUCGCAGCUACGUUCACUACGCUCAAGGUAUGGGGUGGCAUCUUUUAAAUUCGAUGCAGGGGAGACAAACUACUUACCGUGGAAAUUCAGCACAAGAACUCCCAUUCGCGAUCCAAGUUUCUUCACGAGGCGGUACACGGAAAUGGCGAUUCCCUACAAUGACAGAGCGGAGUUGCGAAGUGGCUACCAGUCCCAGAACAUAUCCUGCUUCUUCAGACCAAUUGAUAGAGACUCGGUGUGGGGCUAUGAGUUGGGCCUCAAAUCUCUUAUCCCCACUGUGCUCACCAUUAGCAUUCUUGGCUACCAGUUCAUCCUCCCAGACAUGAUCGGAGGGAAUGCCUAUCUGAACCGCACAGAUGGUGAUCGUGCAUUACCCAAUCGUGAACUCUAUAUCCGUUGGCUGGAGCUGUCAGCCUUCAUGCCCUCCAUGCAGUUUUCUGUUCCACCGUGGGAAUAUGACAACGAGGUGGUUGAAAUUGCCCUGAAAUACGCAGCUCUCCAUGAGAGCAUUGUGGCACCGCGGGUCCUGGAGCUGGCCGGCGAGGUGCUGGACACCGGAGACCCAAUCAUACGGCCACUGUGGUGGAUUGCCACAGGUGAUGAGACGGCCUAUAAAAUCGACUCCCAGUUCCUGAUUGGAGAUGACCUCAUGGUUGCUCCGGUUUUAGAGCCUGGAAAGCAAGAGCGGGACAUUUAUCUUCCAGCUGGCCGUUGGAAAAGUUACAAGGGGGAAAGAUUUGAUAUCAAGGAGCCACUGCACCUCACAGAUUAUCCUGUGGACCUGGACGAAAUUGCUUACUUUGUUUGGGUGUAGGAAAAUGAGGGAAUGUAAAACGGAAUGAUUUGUCCAUGCUCCCAUUUGCUUGUGAAACAAGCUUGUUGAAUUUAGCUUUUAUGUUUGAGCCACUAGUUGUUUUUUAUGUUUCAUGCUUUCAUGAGGAAAUAUAAAGACUUUUUAGAAUAAAUUAAAUGUUUAACAUCACAUGAAAAUUUUAAUGCGCACACUCAAAUUAUGCAAGCCCUCCUUAGCUUAAUUUUUUUUAUCUUUCCCUCAAAACUGAAUGAAUGCAAUAUGUUUUUCUUUUAUAUCUUUUUUCUUUUACGUCCAUUUUGUUUAAUAGAAAGAUAAACUGAGAUUAUAUGAUUUUUUUUUAAUGUACAGGCUCAAUGAUAUACAUUCAAUAUCUCUUCAGCCACAAUAAGCUAGUGGCCAUGUCAAAAUAAAUAAAAAAAAGUAAAAGUGAUAAACCACAUUGUACGUCAGGUCAAAUUUAAAGGCGAAUGUGUAAAUGAUCUUUCAAAAGUCUCAUUUUAAGGCUUUAUGAGCCAUGUAUAGGAAAUAUUUGUGAAAACUGCAACUGUGACUUGAGGAAGUUGCAAUUGCUGUGAUUGACCCUAAAACUGUUUAUUUUUUAUUUAUUUUAUUUUAUAUAUUUUUUAAGCACGGGAGAAAAUCAAAAUAGAGGUUCUCCAUUUUAAACUUCAGUCUGUUCUGCACUUGCUUGUGUCUUUAGCACCACAUUUACAGACAGACAGAUGGAGACUUUUUAGGAAAUGUAAGCCAAACAGAACAUUUGACAUAGGAGAAGCCAUUAUUGCAAUAAGGCAGUUUGACUAAACAUUUAACCAGUGGUUUUUCCACUCUCGUAGCACGAUACGAUACCGCUCACAAAGUUAGCGCUCAUGCUUCACUUGUGGAGAUGAAUGCUCGAACGUUAAUCAUUACAAAUUGCAUGUGCAAGACAGUGUCAUGUAACUUCUCCUUGCCCAGAAGAAGACAUAGCAGUUUAUUAGGCACUAAACAUUUUAUGCUCUUCCUCAGGUAACAGAUUUCUCAGGCUGUUGUGUGUUUGAAGUGUCUGCCAACCGUCUUCAAUAUGCUUUGUUUACACUGCAUGCAGAUUAGUAAUGCUAAUACUAAUAGUAAUACUAUGACUUAAGAUAACAAGCAAGUGUUUUUGUCAUGAAACCCAACGACUUGUAAAUGGUUUGGUUUCUUUAGACUUGGCGUCCAACUUUGUAAUGAAUUUAAGCAACAUUGUGUUAUCAAAUUGUAAGGUUCAGCGUGUUUUUAAAAAUGUGAAUAUUUUGUAAUUGCAGUGAGGUCUUUAAUGUCAUGUGUUUAAAAAUGACUGCCUUAACCUG